AUGACUAUCACCACUCCCAUCCCCAAGCACACCUUUGCGGAUCGUGCGGCUGCCAACAACUUCAACGAUACCCAGAUUCUCAACUCCAACAACCGCGCUGGCGCCGAUAUUCCAGAGAAGUCGGAUGUUGUCAUCGCCGGCGGUGGUAUCCAUGGCUUGAUCUACGCGAUCCACGCUGCCACGUAUCAGCCGGGAACCCUUAAUAUCUCGCUGAUCGAAAAGGCCAGCAAGCCUGGCUACAAGAUCGGCGAGAGCACCCUGCCGCUGUUCUCGUUGUGGUGCAAGAUGCAUGGCCUCACAGCCGAGUAUCUUCUGCGACUCUUCGGUCUCAAGGACGGAUUGGCCUUCUACUUCCUCGACCGCGAGAACCAGGGGGAGUACUCCGACUUCUGCAGUAAUGGCACUCCCGGUCUCUUCCUGAGUGGAUACCAGAUUGAGCGAACCAUUAGCGAGCUCCUCUUCACGCUGCUAGCUCAGCGCAAGGGCGUCAACGUCUACCACGGCCGCCAGGUUGACUUCAACGCCAGUGCCAUCAACGGUGGAUCUGAGUGCAGCAAGAUCUCCAUCAACCCCGGAAAGUUCGACGGAAAGCCGGCUAACAGCAUCAACUCCUCACUAUUGGUUGACGCCACCGGCCGUUUCCGCCAGCUGGCAUCCAAGAAGGCCCCGCUGCACCGCUUCGAGGGCUGGAACUACGAUUCCUUCUGGGGAUACUUUACCGCUCCCGCGGACGAGAGCAACAUCCCUCUCCGUCACUACGAAGGCGACCACACCAACCACCUGUGCUUUCCUGAAGGUUGGGCUUGGGUCAUCAAGCUCCCUUCAUGGGAAGGCAGCUCCACUGCCAGCCUCAUGGACAUGAUCUCGUACUUGCUGGACUGUGCUGAGGCCGGUAUUCCCGGAGAUCAGCUCCCGAGCUCUCAGGAGCUCGCCCGCAUGUUCGACCUCAAGUUCAAAUGGGUUACUAGUAUCGGAUUCGCCGUGCGCAACGAUGUCAAGUACCCCGAGGACAUGUCGGCCUACGGCACCCGUGAAGCCGAGCGCAAGUUCAACUACUUCGUCCAGAAGUACGAAAUCAUCAAGGAAUUCAUGACCAACUUCGACCUCAUUGAGAACCUCUACGGCCCCGGCACCACCUGGUACAUCCGCAAGUCUCUCACCUACCAGUCACCUGUCGUCUCCGGUCCCGGCUGGCUCGCUAUUGGCGACACCUGUGGCUUUACCAACCCGCUGCACUCGCCGGGUAUCACCGCUGCUAUGUCAACCUCGACUUACGCGGCCGAACUUACACACAAGGCUCUAGGCCAGGCCAAGAUCGAGGCCGAUCAUGAGGCCGCUGAGCGCAGCAUCCGCCGCACCCUGGCACCCUAUGACGACUUUGCCCGUCGCCUCAUCCCCUCCCUGAACCAGAUGAACCGCUUCAACUACGUCUGCUUCCGCGAUCCCCGCCUGGGUCCUCAGGUCUCCUGCCUCUGGCAGUUCUUUGCCGGCAUCGGUAUUCCAGACUGGCAGCUCAUCCGCCAGGACUACAACCUGAACAUGGACACGUACGUGCCGCACUCGAUCAACUGGGCCUGGGGAUCCAUGACCCCCGAGUACGAUUCCGUGGCGCGUCGCGCCAUCGAGCUCCUCGCCCCGAUUCCAUUGGAAGAGUCUAUCCCGGAUGCCGUGGUCCGCGAGGUGAUCGAGCUUUCCAACGCCGUCAAGCGCGUCGCAGUCGAUUCCGGUCGCUUUAACUUCCGCUGGGACGGUCUGCUUCGCUACUACGAUAUCUACCUCAACUACCACCCUGAUCAGCCUUUCAAGGAUACAUUCUCGCGCCAGUGCCGGGAGUGCGGUACCUGGCUCCACUGUCGCCCGGACUGGCGCCGCUGCUAUGGUUGUGGUGAGACUCGUUCCGAGGAGGAUGCUGCUAUCACUUGGAACCCGCCUCUCGAGGUCGAUGAGGUCAAGGCGUUGGUGCGCGCCUCCGAUGCGAAGCCCGCCGCACGAAGAGGUCAGGAGGUGACCAAGGAGAAGUUUGCGGAAGUGCCUGUGAUGGAAACGCUUUCGGUGCAGGUUUAG